GGGAGCGGGCGGCCGAGGAGCCGGGGGCGGCGGCGCUGCUGCGCGAGCCCGUCUACAACUGGCAGGCCACCAAGCCCACGCUGAAGGAGCGCUUCGCCUUCCUCUUCAACAACGAGGUGCUCUGCGACGUGCACUUCCUGGUGGGCAAGGGGCUCGGCGCGCAGCGCAUCCCCGCGCACAGGUUCGUGCUGGCCGUGGGCAGUGCCGUCUUCGACGCCAUGUUCAACGGGGGGAUGGCCACCACCUCCACGGAGAUCGAGCUGCCCGACGUGGAGCCAGCCGCCUUCCUGGCGCUGCUCAAGUUUCUCUACUCGGAUGAGGUUCAGAUCGGACCCGAGACGGUCAUGACCACGCUGUACACAGCCAAGAAGUACGCGGUGCCGGCGCUCGAGGCCCACUGCGUGGAGUUCCUGAAGAAGAACCUGCGGGCGGACAACGCGUUCAUGCUGCUGACGCAGGCGCGACUCUUCGACGAACCGCAGCUGGCCAGCCUGUGCCUGGAGAACAUCGACAAGAACACCGCCGACGCCAUCACCGCCGAGGGCUUCACGGACAUCGACCUGGACACGCUGGUGGCCGUGCUGGAGCGGGACACCCUGGGCAUCCGGGAGGUGCGUCUGUUCGGCGCCGUCGUCCGCUGGUCCGAGGCAGAAUGCCAGCGGCAGCAGCUGCCUGUGACGCCCGAGAACAAGCGGAAGGUGCUGGGCAAGGCGCUCGCACUCAUCCGCUUCCCGCUCAUGACCAUCGAGGAGUUUGCCGCAGGUAACGGUCAGGGGGCGGGGGCCGCCGGGCAGGAGCACGACCCCCAGGGACCCCAGGAGUGCACGGGCUUCAGCUGCGACGGCUCUGCCAGCACCUUCCGGGUCAUGUUCAAGGAGCCGGUGGAAGUGCUCCCCAGCGUGAACUACACGGCCUGCGCCACGCUCAAGGGCCCGGACUCCCACUACGGCACCAAGGGCCUGCGCAAGGUGACCCACGAGUCCCCCACGACGGGGGCCAAGACGUGCUUCACCUUCUGCUACGCGGCCGGAAACAACAACGGCACGUCCGUGGAGGACGGCCAGAUCCCCGAGGUCAUCUUCUAUACCUAGGCCCCCGGGCCCCCAGAGCCGCCUGGUGCAAGUAGGCCGCGCCCCGCAGCCCCUGCUGUGCGCGCGCUCCCUGCCACGUGUCGGGCGUCGGGAGAGGGUCUCCGCCUGUGGUGAGCCCGGCCGCCUGCGCAGAGGAGCCGGGCGGGAGCUGCGAGACUGCCCCGCGGGACUCGGGGGGCAGGGCUGGCCUGGACCCGCCCUGAGCGGAGGGCCCGCUGGGUCCUUGGGCGCCGGAGUGCUGCCCACUGUCCCUGCAGCUCGGGGCUGCCUGACCGGCUGCCUGACCGCAGGAUUCGAGUAGGAUUCCAUCUCCUGUUCGCUGUUCCACCGCACACGGCAGUGCAUCUCGGAUUCCCAUUUCUCUGGUAGGAGGCGGUGUGCGGGGGCGCCCCUCGUGCAUUUGCUUGGGGUCUCCUGUUCUGGCCUAUUCCCUGGGGAUGCUUAGGCCACCCUGCCCCCGGCCCCCAGCAGACUGGCCUCAGCCCCCCUUGAGGUCCUGCAGGCUGGCUUUCUGCCAGGCCCGGGGCCCACCCAGUGGGCCCCGUGAAGGGCCACACUCGUCCAGCCCCUGCAGCCACGGCCGUGGACCGCAGACCCUGUCUGCCCGCGCGAUGCUGUGGGUCUGCCAUGGUGGCCAGGUCCCCGGCUGGCCCACCUGUCCCCCGCCCUGUACAUACUGCAGCCCUGCUCCACCCAGCCUCUGAGAGGGCGCUCUGGCCAGAGGUGCUGGAGGGUGUAGCCCCUCCCCCAAGUCCCUCCCGCCGCCCCACCAUGUGUUUCUGCCCCAGUGAUUCCUUCUGGAAACUGUCCUCCCCAAAGCCAUGAAAGGUGUGCCCUCCCCACACCAGAUCCCCAAAUGAUUUUUAUAAAUAAAGGAAAGAAACGUUACUGCCCUAA